AUGGACAAUAAAGGUGAAUAUUUACUUAACUUCAAAGGCUAUAACUUUCAACGAUCUCUAGUUAAAAUGAACAUAGUGGAAAACAUGGAUGAUCAAGAAAUUAGAGAUGAUGAUGUCUUCAUAGUCACAUAUCCAAAAUCUGGUACCAUCUGGGCACAACAGAUCCUCAGCCUGAUUUAUUUUGAGGGACACAGGAACAACACUGAAAACAUCCUAACAAUAGACAGAGCACCAUUCUUUGAGUACAACCACCGUAAUGUGGACUUUGCCAAAAUGCCAUCACCUCGUACCUUUGCUACCCAUCUCCCAUAUUAUUUGGUGCCAAAAGUUUUCAAGAACAAAAAAGUCAAAAUUCUUUAUAUCUACAGAAAUCCUAAAGAUGUUUUGAUCUCUUACUUUCAUUUUUCAAAUUGGAUGAUUACACAUGAAGCCUCAAAUUCUGUAGAAACAUUUAUGGAAACAUUUCUAGAUGGAAGAGUGGUAGGAAGCAAUUGGUUUGACCACAUAAGAGGCUGGUAUGAACACAGACAGGACUUCAACAUUAUGUUCCUGAGCUAUGAAGAUAUGAAGAAGGACCUCAGGGGCUCAGUGCUUAAAAUCUGCAAUUUUCUGGAGAAAGAACUGAGUGAAGAAGAUGUGGAUGCUGUUGUGAGACAAGCUACAUUUCAGAACAUGAAAUCUGACCCGCGAGCAAAUUAUGCACAUAAACAAAAACUGAAAAAUUGGACAAGAAAUAAUCAGGGAAAAUUCCUCCGCAAAGGAACCAUUGGAGACUGGAAGCAUCACUUGACUGUGGAUCAGAAUGAAAGAUUUGACAGAAUAUUCAACAGGAACAUGAAAAACAUUCCCUUAAAGUUCAUUUGGGAUAUGAAUGAGGAGUAG